ACAUAAACCCAACGGCCAGUCGCCUUUGCUUUGACCUUGUCCCUUCUUCAACCCCCCCUAUCCGAGAUCCUGGGUUCGAGAGAGCCACGAGCUACCGAGCGCGUGCUAUCAACUAGACCAGCCCUGCCAGCCUUACGUAGCGUCGGUUCAAAAGAACGCAGGGAAAGAUACUGUCGUCCUCGAAUCUACCUAGGCAUGUACGAACGUCCAUCGUCGAAUUAUCCUUUUGCCUUUCUCCUGACAAGGCCCAAGAUCCAGCGUUUUCCGUCUUCACGCCCGCACUAACGAAGAUCCCGUGUCGGGUCGCGUCCAUUCGGAUGCAGGUCCAGAGAGACAAGCACCUCGAGCCACAGUCCAUCGACCUUGUUGUUGCUCAGAGUGUCAACCCUGCUCUUCCGACCAAGCAUAAGCCAGCCUGGCCUUGCCAAUCAAUCGGGGGAGGGGGCGCAUUCCAUCACUGCCACCGAUACUUAGCUGCAACGAUUUCCACCCCCGCCGGUCUGCUUCAUCCUUCCAUACUACCAACUUAUUAUUCCCGCAUUGCGCUCAGCGCUAGGUCCCAGGCCCCCGGCCGCCUGGAAAUCUUGCUCCCCACCGUCCAUACUCACCACCCCCGUUCUGACUUUGAUACACUCCUUUCUCAAUCAUCUUUUCUGCGAUACAUACCAUCACAUAGAGCACCUCACGAUCGACAAGCCAAUCAAUCGCUCACCGGUCCGCGCCAACAAAGACACCUCAGUAUACAUUUGUGCGCUUCCUAUCUAGCUCUUGGAUAAUCCGACCGGCGUUCGACGCAUAACCGGGGCCAUGUCGGCGAAUGCUUGGCCCGCAGGCGACGGCGCCUCUCACCGGUCUGGGCA